UUUGGAAGAUACUUCGUUUGUAAGACUUUGGUAUAAGAAAGAUAACGAAUUUCUUGUACCAAAAAGCGAGGAUGAUCUUCCAUUUAGUCAGUCCAAUUGCUCAUAUGGAUCCUCUUCAUUCCAAUUUGACUCAUCUGCUUCUCCAUCUAGUUAAUUAUUCUUUAAAGGAAUAUGCCACGAUAGCUGGUUUACAAUGGAACCUUAAUACUUCUGACUAUGGAAUAAUAGUGAGUACAUAUAUACAACAAAAAAGAUACUAA